UACCUAUAACCUACUCUACUGUCAAUCUCCUCUUCUCAAAGUUUGUGGUUUGGGCUAAGGCCUAAGCCCUAAGGUCUGAGCAAUCCAUUUUACUGGAAAAUUCGAAAUAAAGAAAACACAACAUUUAAAUCCAUUUAUUUCAACAUUCAAGUCCAUCCAUAGAUUGACAAAGAAUUUUAGUUUCAAAAUUAUUACUUUCCUGCACUAAUUUGUUAGAUACCUACUCUCGGCUUACAUCUAGGAGCACUAGAUUCUAGAAGAUUAACGGGUCAAUCAAACAUCAUGCCAGCACAAAACGAAGAACUGUCAUUCAGUGGCAGUGACCCUGGCGCAGUUAAAUAUGGUAACUUCAUAAAUUAUUACUCCUUUCACAGUUCAAAGAACAGAACAAAUAAUUUAGAUCCAAAAAUGUUUCCUACUGCAGUGAAUGAUAUCAUCAUUUGUUUAGAUGUAGGUUGCAAUACAGGAGAACUUACUAAGGAUAUGUAUUUAUAUUUAAAAAACAUCUAUAACGAUUUAAGUGUAAAAAUGUUGGCUAUCGAUAUUGACCCAACUUUAAUAGAGAGAGCCAAAGAAGGAAAUGAUAUCUGUGAUAUAACUUUCAUAACCUGCGACAUAGUAUCAGACGCAGGUCGCAAACUAGUUCAAGACUAUAAAGAAACACAAAAGAAACAAAUGUUUGAUGUAAUUUUCUGUUUUUCCAUUACAAUGUGGAUACAUAUAAAUAAUGGAGAUGAGAAACUGAUAGAACUUUUAAACUUUCUUAAAGGUAACACGAGGUCAUUAAUCAUAGAGCCGCAACCAUGGAAAUGUUAUAAAAAUGCUCAGAGAAGAAUGAAAAGGUCAGGCAAAGAUUUUGAAUUGUUUGAAUCAUUAAAAAUUCGGGACAAUGUGGACAAAAAGAUAGAAGAGAUCUUAAACAAAAACAAUCACACUAAAGUUUAUGAAUCUCCAUUAUCUUCAUGGAACAGAAAGAUACUGAGCUAUCAUCUAAAAAUGAAUUAAACUAACGAAUAGUAAAUAUUGCUACUAGAAUCAUAUUUUAUAAUAAUGACAAAUCCAAUUAAUUUUAAUUAUUUAAGACUGGAUGUUUAGUGGACAUGAUUUUUGUACAGUAAUUAGAUAAGGCUAGCUUUAAAUUUGUAUUGUAACACUAGCGGCCCACUCCAGCUAUCAUAAGUAGAUGCAUAAUGAAAUGUAUUUAUUUUUGAAUUAUGUAGAAUAUUUUGAAUUAUGUAGAAAUAGCAUGUGCUACUUAUGAUAUGUGGAGUAAUUUACCUUUCAAAUAGUAAAAUAA